AUGUGCUCAUUCCCUGAUCUGGCCUGUGCUCUGUCAGGUGCUCAGUCCCCUUGCCCGGCUGCCACCAUCAGGCAGGAGCUGCUGAAGGAGGGAUUUCACAGGGACCUGCUGGUGAAGGUGGAACUCGGUGUCACGGGGGAGGCUGCAGGAGGGUGUGCAGUGGCAGCCAGGACUCGUCUCCCACCAGGAAUCUACGUGGAUCCCUACGAGCUGGAGUCACUGCAGCAGCACAACCUGACCAAGGCAGUAUUAAUUCCUGAGGUUGUUGAUGUGGAAGCUCCUGAGUAUUUAGCCCCAGAUCUCCUUGUUGUGCUGUACCUGGAACCUGACCCGCGGUGCUCUGGUUGCUUCAGGGCUGUCCUACCUGUGCACGGGCGCUACCACCGGCCAGCAGGAGAGGAGCCUGAGGAAGCCUGGGUGGUUCUGAAGAGCCCAGAAGUUCUGGUCUGCUGCUGUGACAGUCACCUGUUGAUGGACUGUUGGGAGCCUGCUGAGGUGGAAGGUCCCUGUCCAGGCAAAGCCCUCAGCCCCUGCCAGUGGUACCGUGCCAGGCACAAACCUGCAUCCAAGGAAACGAUUCUGCAGGUCCCAGUGGGACUCAGGGAACACAGUUCUCUAGUGUGUGUCCUGACUCUCUUUGUCACGGUGCUCUGUUCCAGCCUGAUCCUUGCAGCUGUGUGCAAAUAUGGACACUUCUCCCCCGCAGUGACCUGCUCUGAAUAA